AUGCUUGAUCUUCAGAAGCAUCGGGCACCAGGGCACAGGCAACCCACCAACGCUUGCAGAGAACAUGCAAACUGGGCAUUCCCGAGGUUCCAUCCAAUUGGCACCUUCCAGUCCUGCUAUCAGCAGCGCUGUGGAACACCACGUCAAAGUAACCUGGUGAAGAGCAGCUUAGCCACGCUCCGAUGUGUACGGGAUUUGAAUCCAGAGGCUGCCCUGGAAGGAUUAGUGGACUUCAGCCACGUUUGGGUACUCUACAUCUUCCACGAGAAUACCAACACUCUGCGAGGGCCAAAGAGUGUGUCACGACGUCGUCAACAACAGGGCCGUGUGCCCUUGUGGCAGGGACUUUGCAUGAAAGUGGCUCCGCCACGAUGUCCAGAGCUGCGUGUAGGGGUUUUGGCAUGUCGGACGCCUCAUCGGCCGAAUCCCAUUGGCCUCUCCUUGGCGAAAGUCGUCGAGGUGAAACCAUCGGAGGGCAUUUUGGUCUUGGCUGGUUUGGACGUUAUCGAUGGAACCCCUUGCCUAGAUUUGAAACCAUAUCUACCCAGCUUCGAGGCGAUUGAUGCCUCAGUGCCUCAGUGGGUUCAAACCUCCUAUGAGGAACCCAUGAUGGAGGCCGAGACGGAGCGUCUGCGAAACUUCAUGAAACUUGUGAGCAUUUGCAAGGAGUGGAGUGGCAGAGUGUUUGAGAGCUGA